AUAUAACCCACCGAUCUGAUGACGAGAAUUCAUAUCAGUGAUAUCGCCCCAGCUGUCGCCUGAUUGUAUAUUAUGUAGUUGCAAAGAUACCUUAGAGCUUUCGCGGAGACCGUUGAAAGACCUCUAGUUAAAUCUUCAAUCGCUUAUUAAUAAGUUAUUAUUUCAGAAUUUCCUUACCAGUGACUGGUAUUCACUUUCAUCCUACUACACUCAACAUGGAUAAAACGACUCGAAAUGCGUGUUUAGAUGGCGCUCGCGCAACAGACGAGCAUGUUUGCCAGUACGGACAUGAGAAAUAUCGCCGCCAGAGUUCCCCGCGUAUUUUCGCCGGAGUGUCCAGUCCACUGCCCAUGUAUUCAGAUUCUUCGGAAAGUCAGGAGGAUGAAAUCCCAGCUGGUCUUGGAGGCCCUCCUGCAUCCCUGGAGUCUCGGCUGGAAGAAGCACAGAGGAAGAUCAUCCUAUUACAGCAGGAAAAGAAAGAUGCUGUCCGUAAGCUGAAAGAAGUUUCAAAGAUGAACAGUCGAUGGCAGAAGUACGAUAAGGAGAGGGAGGUUUUGGUGGUGAAGCUUACCACACAAGCUAAGCAAGCAGAGGACACAGUCAAAUGUCUGGAGAUAAAGCUCGCCGAUCAACGGAACAGGAAUGAGGAGCUGGAGCUGAGGUGGACAGACGCUCGAGUGCGGGCCGCCGAGCGCAAGUCGGAAGUGGAGAGGAUACAGAGAGAGCACGAGACUGUCAAGCACGCCCUGAAGCAGUCAGAGAAGAAGCGGCAAGAGAUGGCUAAGGCAUCGUCCAAGGAGGAGGAGACCGAGAGGUGCAGGAGAGAUGCAGGAAAGGACAGAGACUUGUAUCAUAUGAGCAAGAGAGUAGUAGACCUCAAGGAGAGAGUGGAUUUCCUAGAAAAACAAGUGGCCUCUCAUAAAGCUGAUAUAGACCAGCAAGCCGACCUCUAUACUCAACAGAUUUCAAUUUGCCUUGAUGAUUUCAAACAUGAAAAGAAGGACAGGGAACAGAGCCAGAAGGAGAAUGCUGAACUAAAAAACCAACUCAAGAAAGCUGAGGAUUUUGCAAGUUCUCUCAAAGUUCAGAUUACAAGAUAUCAAGAUCAACAAAGGGCCCGGCCUUCUAGGUUCGUCAAACCAGCUACCCACCAUGUACAGAGAUACUAUGCGAACAUGUAUGAUGAGAAUUUAGACUCUUGGGAUGAUGCAGGCUACGCCCUCCCGAGUGAUGUAGUCCGUGAUGAGCCCGACCGGGGGUUAGAGAUGCCGGCCAUCCAACGCCCUAAGACGAUAGCUAUCGUGGAUCCUCCCCCUCAGUACGAUGAUCGCUCAAUAUUGGGACACGUCGUCACAUCUCCUCCAAAAACCUACCAGAUCGGAAGAGUAGCAACGGCACAGAAGAGUCGGGAGGAUGACUUGGUGUUGCAUUGAUCUGUGCAUCUAUUGAAUAUUAUGAAUCCAUGUUAUUUAUUUACUUAUUUAUUUGUAUACUCAGGGAUAAACAUUCCAUUCUUGGAACUCACUCCUUAAAACUGUGGUGUCAGAAAUGCACCACUGGUGUUCACAAAAGACUAUUUCACCAGUGGUGAAAUAUGGGGUUAGUUGAGCACCCUGUGGUGCUAUCAUGACAUAUUUUGGUUUUAUUGUUAACUCUGGUGUUGUGUUAAAUCUUCAGGAAGUAAGUGCAACACCUGUGGUCCUCUUGGAACACUGACCGGUGUUCUUUCUUAACACCUUAGGUGUUGCAUUGAGGGCUUGAUGAUAAAUUGAUAUUUAGGAUAAUUUUAAAGUAGUAUGAUAAAUUUCAAAGGACAUUGAAUUCUCCUCUUGAAGAAGAAUUAAUAUAGCCCCCAUCACAGCAAUUGUGAACGAAAUGCGUAUUAAGGAUCACAUCAAUGCCAUAAAAUACAUCUCCAGUAUUUGCUUGUUUUUGCAUUCCAACUAUCAAAAGUUGAUUGACUAGAAUGAAAUUUACUUAUUUAGGGCUGAAGUACAAAGUGAUAUUGCAUUCGAAAUAGAAAAAUAUCACUUUCCACCUUGUAUUUUUAUACAUCAUUUAUACAGCAGUACUAAGAGGUUAAUUUGAAUAAAUUGUUUCAUUCUUACAGUAUUAAAUAGUAUGCACUUUCAUGUUUUUGCUUUUCAGUGGGAGAAGACAUAAAAGUAUUUCCUACUUGGUGGUAAAAUAUUUCGGCAGUCUGUAUUAAGUUGUUUGCUUUAAGUUUUGCAAAUCCACAUUAGUAUUUCUGUUAGAUAAGUCUUAAAAAAUUUUUUUUCAAGGUCCCCCAAAUUCUGUAAUUUAUUCUCUUAUUCAUUGAUUCUCUUAAUUAGGAAAAAUUUCAUUACUAAUAAAGAAAUUAUUUUUUGAAGAUUUUUUCCCCAUAUUUCAUUUCUAUGAAAUAAAUGCAUCUGUAUUCGACUGAUUGAUUAAGAGUCUUCCAAUCAAAUAAACAUUAAACAUUGUUUUUUUUCAGUGAAAAAUUACUGAAUUUUAUUAUAAAUUAAUCAUUCAAGGGUUAGUGCAAUUAGUGGUAUAUACUACAUUUCUUGUUUGUAUUUAUGUAUUUCUUUAAGGGGGGAUUAGGGAGUGAUGAUGGCUUUAAUCAAACAUACAAUAAUGAUGUUUGGGAAUUGGUGGGCAUUUUAAUUACAUUGCAAUAUGAAUGUGGAAAUUUAGGUUUAUUGUAAUUUCUUGACAUCAGUUUCUACAUCUAUUCAAGAGAAUUCAGACUGUGAUACCUGGACUGUCAUUGUUUAUUUCUUUAUGUAUUUUCGGAAUAUGAUACAAGAACAUGUACUUGUAAAUGUAACUUCAUGUUGUUUUCAAACACUUUUUAUGUAGUUGAAACUUGAAAGUUGAAAUACACAGUAUUUGGUACAUAUUUUGCGUAUGAAUGUUACUUUGUUUUCAUGUUUACUGGUUGAACAUUUUUUACCGAUUAAUCUUUCUUACUAUGUGGUGCUUCAAUACAGGCAAACUUCUCUAAGUAUCAGUGGGCCUGGAUUAUUAUAUUAAAGUUCGACCAAAUUGGUUUGAUAAAAAAACCCAGUUCACUGUGUGGACCUGAAUUCGUAUAGUACAUUUGUACUUUUGUUGUGGUAGGAAUUGUUGAAAAAGUGCAAGGCACUUAAAGUUCUUUUUCUCCUAUGGAGAUUUUGUUUAUCAGUGGCAAAUGGAUUAUACUU